AAAGUAUCAGCGAUAAUCUUGGGCAACAAAAACAAUCUAUUUAAACGUCAGAGAUAUACGACAAAGCCCCACUGUCCAAUCAAUUCAGAGAUUACUUGGAAAUUUUGCAUAUUUCUUUCAUCAAAGCAUGCGAUCUUAAUUUGAAAUAUUUUGAUUGGAGAUUCAACGGUGAUCCUACCAAGAAGCAUUACUUGCCGCUCCGCGAUCCCAUAUCUCACCCCCCUUGAGAAUGAAUCCCAGUGCGGCGUUCUUGCGAACGAAGUCGUCUCCACGUCUUUCAAGCUUGAAUAGCUCGAAGCGCAGUAUAUACGGAGGUCUAUUCACAGCGACUUAUCACUCAAUUCCAACAUCGGCGCGUUCGCCAUACAGCCAAGCUCGUCCUUCUCGUCAACGCCACUCUGCGCAGUACGCACUUUCAGACCUUUCAUGGUGUCGAACCUGCCGCCGUGGCUUGAAGACAUCGCCUAGAGUCCAAUCCAACUCCAAAUUUAGUUUUAGAGUGGCGGCAGCUUAUUCUGGAAAAGACCGCCCUUAUCAUCCAGACAAAAACUUGUUUAACUACAACCCUUUCAAUCGAAUUCAGUCGACAUCCUUUGAUGGGACCGGCGGCAAAAGAAAGAAGAAAAAUCGACCAGAUAGUGGUCAAGAUGCAUUUUUUAUUAGUCGGGUUGGAGAUACAGAAGGAGUAGCCUUCGGUGUGGCGGAUGGAGUCGGAGGUUGGACUAAUGCUGGUAUUGAUCCAGCAGAAUUUUCUCAUGCUUUCUGUGACUACAUGGCCAGUACGGCGUAUAAUCACAAAGGAGCACAAGGAUUGAAAAAGCUAAAGGCCCUAGAUCUGAUGGAUGAAGGGUAUCAAAAAACAAUACAUGACAAAUCUAUCUUUGGCGGUGGAAGCACGGCUUGUGUAGCAGUGGCAAGCCCAGAUGGGAAUUUAGACGUGGCAAAUCUUGGAGACUCGGGGUUUAUCCAAUUGAGACUCAAUGCUGUCCAUUAUGCUUCUCCACCGCAGACCCACGCGUUCAAUACACCAUAUCAAUUGUCCAUGAUUCCCCCAAAGCUUUUAGCUCAGCUGAAAUUAUUUGGCGGCUCACGGUUUCAUGAUCUACCCAAAGAUUCAGACGUGACCCAGCAUAAAAUAAGGCAUGGCGACGUGCUCAUCUUCGCAUCUGACGGUGUGUGGGAUAACGUGACUCCACAGGACAUUCUCAGAACAGUUACACGCUAUAUGGCAGCUCUAGAGGCAUGGAAAACUGGUGACAAUGGAACAGAGGUUGGAGCAGAUUUUUCUCGUCUCACGCUGCCCGGAGGAAUCGGAAAGCAGCAGGAGAAUAACCUCCAAGCUUUGAUAGCCACUGUUGUCACCCAUUAUGCCAAAGUGGCGAGCCUUAAUACUAAGGUCGAUGGACCAUUCGCAAGAGAAGUGAAGAUUCAUUUUCCGCAUGAAGAGUAUCAUGGGGGAAAGAUUGACGAUAUUUGUGUCAUUGUGGCUAUUGCAGUCGAAGAAGGUAAAUAGGUUUUAAUAACCUUGAUUGGAAUAGGAUCCAUGGAAACAUCUCGACAAUGUAUAUUCCUUUUUUUUUAGAGAUAUUUUUUUUAACAUAUUGUAUUCAUAUGUAUCUUUAUUUGGCACG